AUGUCUCUUGUAGAUUUGCCAGUCGAGCUGCUGCAAAAGAUCAUUCGAGAGCACUGCAAUAAUAAGGCAAUUCAUGCUCUUCGACUCACCUGUCGCGAUACUUGCAUUGCCGCCAACGAGCUUUUGUUACGACAGCACCCCAUCUACGAUCACAAGACCCAUAUUGAGCAGUUGGCAGAAAUUGCUGAAGGCAGAGCAGACAUCAGGAAAGGCGUCAAGAGAUUCACUUUCCUCAUUGAUAGACUGGAGCCCUGCAAUACUUUCGGGGGCUGGAACAGCGCCAGGAAACGCUCCUUCCAACAUGGCGCUGAUCAGACAUAUCACAUCUUACGGCGCAUCAAAGCGAACCAGCCAGCCCCGACGGACUCGGAACUCUGCAAGACGUUGGAACGCUGGCACGAAGAAAAUACGCUGAUUGAGACAUGGCCCAAAAAGAUGAAGACACUCGCCAUGGAUCGCUACUCACGUUAUCGCGAGCUUGUCGAGUAUCAAGCCAUGCUGGAGUGCAAUUCAAACCUCAGAACACGACUUUCCACUUUCUUCGCUGCUUGUCCGAACCUCCAACAUCUUCACUUCAGCAUCAAGUCAUCCCCGCAAGGCCGACUGCUCGACAGGACCUUUCAAAGCGGUCUGGUCAUCCCGAAAGGUGACGUAGACGGUGGUACGUUCCACUUCCGAGAAACGUUACUGGCCGCAUACGACGCGAAAAUCAUCGUCAAAAGGCUCACAAUCAACCAGCUUGAGCAUUGCAUUACUGAGGACCCCGAAUGGAUGCGGGUGAAGGAGAUACAUCAAGUUCUACAGCAUGUUGAAGACCUUCAUUGGAGUUUCGCGCAGUGCCAGCUGAUGGACACCGAGCCGUAUAUGAUUAUGGACGACUUCCAUGAAGCUUUCGCUGCUGGCCGGAUGCGUGAAGUGCUCAUGCAUUGCCCUAAGCUACGGAAGUUGGACUUUUGUGGCCCGGAUGCCGACAGUGGGCAAGAAGAUGAGAACUUCCCCCAGCUUCGUCACAUUGUGGGAGAGCAGUAUUGGGACAAUCUGCAGGAUGUAUCACUUUCCAAUAUCCGCUCUACAGCACAGGAGUUCGCGUCGUUUCUGCUUAGACACGCUCCGACCCUGCAAAGUAUUUACCUGUGCGACUUCCAUCUUACGGAAGGUGACUGGGGCGUCUGCUUGGGCAUGAUCGCUGGUAAGCUUCCACUUCUUCGCAAGGUUGUACUGGAGCGCAGUCUCAGCUCGGUGGAGCAUGGUGGCGCAGACUAUUGGUUCGAUGAUUCGCCAUCUCCCGAUUUCCCUGUGGACAGACUGGAGCCCUUCGUUGAAUGGCUCAUCAAAGGAGGUCAAAAAUCCACCGUGGGGUCCAGGGGCCCGGCAUGA